AUGAAUGGCCGACUUUAUGCUAAUUAUGAACCUUGUCCUUUUCCAAAAGUUGAGAUUACAAAUAGCACCGAUCCGUUUGUUGCCCCAGAACAAAACGUAAAAGAAGACAAAACACCACAAACUGAAGGAAACUUUGUUUUAGAAGUGCCUCAAGGUACAGGAAAUAUUACGAUUGAAGCGGAAUGCCCAUCAAAAGAGCCAGGAGACGAAGGGAAAAUGAUUAAAUCAAAUUAUGUAAUAGAAUUAGCAAAAGUUGAAUGGGAAGGGGCUAAUGAACUAUUACUAUUUAAUGACGUUGAUCUUUUAGCAUUUGGAUACCCAGAACAACCUAUCGGUAUUGCCUAAUGAGUGCGCUCUUAUGUUAUAAUGAACCUUGUUUCAUUUCGUAUGAAACCUAAGAAAAUUUCAAAACGAAAAGUUGAAAAGAUAGAAUCACUUUAUAAUUUAAGAAUUCAGUCUAUG